CCAAUCACAGUUUACUAGCUGCCAGAAGUUGCUUUAGCCACCAAUAGAAGAAAAGGGUUGGAUACGGCGGCUGAUGCAGCGGGAGAAACAACAACCCCAGGGAAAUUACAACAACUGAUGGACAAGAGGCAAUCAUAAAUCCACAUAAUAUGUCAAAGUAGUGCUUGUAGUCUGGAUGAAAACAAUCAAUUUAGAAUAACAGACAUCCUGUUUAGAAAGAACAGCUCUAACCAUGGACACAAUGACGUUGAUCUCUCAGAGGCCCCCAAGUAGUAAUGAAGUUAAAAGAUCACAAAGUAGAGCACUGGAAAGGGAACAUCAGGCCAAUCUAAGUACCAUUUCUGAGCUCCGGUUUGAGCUUAACAGGAUGAAAAACGAGGCACUGGAAUUGGCGGCCAAACAUAAUGAAGAGCUGUCCUCUUAUGAAAGUCAGUUUGCUAAGCUCCGUUCUGAGAUAGAGAAAGGGGAAGCAAUGCGUCAAAGCCUAGAGUACGAAUUGGCUGUAGCAAGAAAGCAAUGUAGUAUGGAAAAAAUGUCCCUGGAAGAAGAGAAAAUCAAUUCUUUACGGCUGCAGGAACAAUUUAAAGCACAAAUAGAAGAUCUACAUAAAAAGAUGAACAGCGUGGAGUUUGUAUUUCAGACGGCUCAGCAUACGUGGGUAGAAUCAAAAAAGACCUUUGAAAAUGGCAUACAAAGUCGUGAUACUAUCAUACAGAACUUCAAGAGAGAGCAGCAGGUCACUGAGUUGGAAAAGAGCAAAUUGAAAUCUUGGCUUGAGACACAAACCAAUAAGGUAGAAGAGUUGACUAAGAAAUUAAAUGAGAUGGAAACUGAAAGGAAUAGCUUCAUGGACAAUUUAAAACACCAAAAGAGGGAACUAGAUUAUUGCCUUGAAAGAGAAGAGAGACUGAAGGCAGAACUUGAGGCAGUAACUCUGAAAGCAAAGAAACUGGAUGAAAAUAUUGAAGCUGAAAGAGCAGCCCAUCUUGAGUCAAAGUUUAAUUCUGAAAUUAUCCAGUUGCGAAUUCGGGAUCUUGAAGGGACACUUGAAGUAGAAAAAGCCAGCCACUCACAAGCUGCUGCUGAACUUGACAUGAUAAAAAAACAAUUUAAAGAACUGGAAAGGGUUUAUAUUAUAGAGAGGAACAAGGCAGAAGACACCGCUGAAAAACUCAAGAAGUCAGAGGAAGAUUUUUCAAUUUCAAUGAUUCAGCUGAAAUUAGAACUUGAUGAAAAAAAACAGAUAGUUACAGACCUCUCCUCCAACCUCAAGAAUAAAGAAGAAAUCUGUGUCAAGUUGGAACAUGAGCUUGCGCUGUCGAAUGACCGCCAUUCUUGUGUGGAAGAAUCUUAUGAUAACGCCAUGAGAGAGCUGCAGUCGCUUGCGGACAGCUUUACUGUGUCAAGCCAGCGCACAUCAGGGAUCUCCAAAGAUAAAGUUAAACCUGCAGGCUUUGCUGUUGUCCUUGAGACUUUGAGACAUACCUUGACAGAUUACCAGAGCCGGCUGGAAGGCGCAUCUAAUGAGCUUGAAGAAGCAAACAACUUAUAUAUGAAGACGAAAGAAGAACUGCAGGCUUCCAAACAGAUACUGCAAACGCUGUGCUCAAACCUUGAGAAAACUCAAUCUGACCUGUUGGGUGCCAAGCAGGAGUUAAACCACCUACAGACAACGUAUGCACACAAGGAAUCUCAAAUAAGUCAUUUUCAGAUGGACUUGGAAAAGGCGCAGUAUGGAUGGGAGAAAGAGAAAUUGAAAGUCAUGGAGGCUGAAAAUGAAAUCCAGAAGCUUACCAGGGCUUACCAGAAGGAUACAGAGGAGAAGCUAACUUUCCUUUAUAGCUUAUACCAACGGUUGCUCGCAGGCUGUGUGAUAAUAAAACAGCCAGAAAAUAUGCUGGGUAAAUUCUCCUGGCCGGAGCUCUGCGCAGUCUUGCAGGAGAAUGUUGAUGUUCUGAUCGCAGACCUGAACCGGGCUAAUGAAAAGGUUUUGCAUCUAGAAUAUGUAUGUAAGAACAGAGCUGAUGUUAUGAGGGAGAUGCAACAGAGCCAUGAAGACUCACUCAACGAGCUGGCUGCUCAGAUGAAAGAACAGGAAACCUGCUGGCAGAAGCAGAAUAGGGAUUUGGAACAGCGUUAUUCUGUUCUCCUUGGGGAGGUUCAAGCAAGGGCACAGAAAUUUCAGAGAGUGGCGGAAAAAUACAAAGACAAAAUAGCUGUAUUUGAGAAGACCAAUGAUCAGAUGGCCCUUCAAAAUGUUAAUGUAAAAAAUAUGUUGGUGAACAAUGAAAAGGAUCUAAAAUCUCUUCUGACUGCCUGUGCUCUCAUGACUGGUGCGUUAUAUCCUUUGUACAGCAGAUCUUGCACUUUGACCACCCAGAAAGAUAUUUUGCAGCAGCAAGUCAAUACCUAUGUAGAAGCUCAGAGAGAAAUGAUGAUGCUAAUGCAAGCUUUGUCUGAGCCUGAAGAAAGGAGACACACCAAGAAAAACAUAGUAACGAAACGAAAUAUCAAAAGCAAAAUACAUAUGUUUCGUAAAAGUGUUGUUGCAAUAUUGGCGGUUAACAGGCUUCAGCUUCUUGGCAGGUCUAGCAGCUGUCUGUUUACUUGGUUGGAUCCUAAGAAAAAGGGAAAUGGAAUUAUUGUCUGUGGAGGAGGAGCAAAGAAAAAAACGUUUGUAACAGGGCAGGAAGGUGAGCUGGUCUGUUAUGAAGAAGCAAGAAGGUGGUUCUCUAGCCCUGAACUCCUUACUUCUGUAGUUGUUUCAGUUUCAGAAUUACUUGGCGUUCUAACUACAAAAGACCUAAAUUCUCAGUCAUACGGACAUCUUAUUAAUGCUGCCAAAAAUUCAUUCACAAAGCUUAUGAACAAAUUACAAAUUGAGAUGGAGAGGACGACUGCUGAAAAUGACAGAUGUGCUGCUUGUUUUGAAUCUGAGUCUUUAGUGCAAAGGUUGGCACGUGGGCUACAAAGGAUACAUUCCCAGACAUCACACAAGGCCGUAACAAGUACAACUUCCAUCAUAUCAUUAGGCAGUAUUAUUAUGUCUCCUAAUAGAAAUGUGUCACAACUUUCAAAGAAGCAAAUAUUUGAUUUUACGCAACGCCUGCAUACAACAGAAGUGGAGCGUCGCUCUCUGCGCUUAGAGUUAUCAGACCUGAAGCAAAAAAUGAAUGAACUUCAAAAGAAUACUAACAAUGCAGAAACAUGUAAUGAGCACAGCAAACAGUCUAAAUGUGUUCCUUAUGAGAAGUUUCUAUGUGCUUGUGAAGAGCUAAACAAUGCCUUGUUACGAGAGCAGCAAGCUCAGACACUUCUGAAUGAACCAAGGCCCAGCAGAUGAUGGAAUUAAACAACCAGAAUUGAAGUGCAUUCUACAGAUGAAAGAGAGAAGGAUCAAAUGUUAUCAGAGGCGGUCAAGGGUCUCUCCGAGGCAAAGCUGGAGCUGCGAAGAAAAGAUCAAUCUUUGCGUCAGCUGAACAGACAACUUACCCAGCUGGAGCAGGACAAGCGUCGGAUAGAAGAGAGCAUCCAGGAGGCUGAGAUUGCCCUGCACAAGGCAGCAAAUGAUAAGGAUACACUGAUUAGUCACAUGAAAUCUGUUGAAGUUGUCCUACAAAAGGUCAGAGAUCACAUCUCACUGUCAUGGUUUGCAGCAAUAAGGAACGACUUCACCUUGCAGCUUCCUAAACUACACCCAAGCAUAUUUGCAGUGGAGGGAAGCCCAGGAGGGCCAGGUUUUACAGUAUGCCAGAAUAUGAUUAAAAUGUUUUUGGACAUCUAUCAGCUUACUUAUUCCAGAACAACUGCACUGGAAAAAGAAUUAACUUCUCACCAAAAACACAUUGAAGCCCUCAAAUGUGAACUCCAAACUGCAUGCCUGCGUGAAACUAAAAGCAUGUUUCCGAUAAAUUACCCAUUGACAAAGAAGACUGAGACUUCAUUGGAUAAAACUAAUCUGUCAGAAUUUUUACCCCUGGAAGCUGAGCUAGACAAAUCACAGAGCAUUAUGAAGGCAACUUUUGGGAGCAUUCAAUCACAUUCCAUUAAUUCUUUGUGAUCUUGCUGCAUCUGAAUCAGAGACAAUUGUACAACACCAAUGUAACAGGAUGUGCUUUUAAUUAAAAACUAACUGUGCAGCCUUU